UACUUGUCUACUUAUACUUGCUUUAAGCCCAGAAAUUCUUUUUCAUUGUUUUCUCUAUGAAUGAAGAACUAAUAUUUUUUCUCUAAACCCUAACAAGAUUUUGAUCGAUUAUGGCUAUGGAAGAAUCGGCAAUUGUCGUAGAUUUACUCACCGAUUCAUCGGCUACAUCUCCACCGUCUGAUCACACCGAUUCUUGUUCUUCACCGUCUGAUCUCCCUUCCCCCACCAGACUUAACGCGUUGGCGCCGGCAUUCGUUCCGCGAAGCUCAUCGGCGUCGAUUUCUCCUACGCCGUCUCUGACAGAUUUGAAUCAGGCUGGUUUUCAUCCAGUUCGGAACCAUUAUGUAUAUCCUCCUCAGUUGCAGGUUCAGUAUCCAUCACCGUAUUAUGGCGGUGGUGUACAAGAGGUUGGUGGUGGUGGUGCAGCUGAUUUAGAUCAUGCUAGUGCUAGUAAACGUGGAGGGUUAACUGAUGAAGCUGCUCUAAAGAUUGUUAAUCAAGUGGAGUUCUAUUUCAGUGAUUUAAAUUUGGCAACAACUGAUCAUUUAAUAAAGCAUAUGCUCAAGGAUCAGGAAGGUUACGUACCAAUAUCUGUGGUUGCGUUGUUCAAGAAGAUUAAAGCUCUUAUACGUAAUCAUGCACAGCUUGCUCAAGUUCUGCGGAGUUCUUCAAAGCUGGUUGUUAGUGAAGAUGGAAUGAAGGUUAAACGCAAAAUUCCUUUGACCGAAACCGACUUGGAAGAAUUGCAAUCUCGAAUAGUGAUUGCUGAAAAUUUGCCUGAGGAUCAUUGCCAUCAGAAUCUCAUGAAGAUUUUCUCAGCAGUUGGAAGCGUUAAAAUGAUACGCACCUGCUUACCUCAGUCUUCCAAUGGUGGGGCAUCUUCAGGAUCUAGAACAGCAAAGUCAGAUAGUACGCUUCACAGCAACAAGUUGCACACAUUUGUGGAAUACGAAACCGCUGAAUUGGCCGAGAGGGCGGUUGUAGAAUUAAAUGAUGAUAACUGGAGAAAUGCUCUGCAAGUCCGGUUACUUCUCAGAAGCUCAGAAAAAUCUGGUCAAGCUCAAGGGAAAAAAGCUGGUCAUGAAAGUGAAAACUUCAAGGGGGAUGAUGGUUCUGCAUUAGAGGUCAACGAGAAGCUUAAUGAAGAGUCGAGCCACCAUAUUGAUGCUAAAUCCAAUGAGCUUGCAGAGGAGCAUGGCAGUGAUGGGCAGAGGCGUGGUCGUGGUCAGGGUCGGGGUCGGGGUAAGGGACAGGGUCAGAGACGUGGACGUCCCCAAUCUCAUCAAAAUAAUCGUGGAGGUCAUCUAGGAGCUCCCAUAUCAAACAUGAAUCGUGGAAGCAAUGUGCGAAGUGCCCUCUCAAAUAUCAAUCGUGCUGGUGUAGGGCAGCCUGUUUUUGAGCAGUCAGCAGCACCCAAGCAAUCUUCUGUACCUCGUAUGCCAGAUGGCACUAAGGGAUUCUCCAUGGGCCGAGGCAAAUCGAUGGCUAUUAUAACUAUGUGAUAACUUCCUACUUACCUGAAAUUGGUGUGGAUGAGAGGGGAUAUAUCUUGUUAGUGUGAUGAAAUACGAUAUGGUUGAUUUGGCCGUUUGAGUUACUAAAUCAAAUGAACCUUGUAAGAAAGCUGCACCAGAGAUGUUUGGAUGUAAAAAUGCAAACAGUACAGGAUUAACAAAAGGCUUAUAUAGAAAAAGUUGAGAAUUAUACAGCUCUAAUUUUCUCCAGCUUUAACUCUUUGUAUGAUACAUUAGACACUAGUCAAUCAGGCAAAUGGAUUGAUACAUUGCUUCUUUAGGCCCUUUUUUUGGGUACA